AUUAAAUAAAUAAUCCCACCUUUUCUCUUAAUUUUUUUUUUCAUUUUUCAUUCUCAAAAUUAAAAAGAAAAAAUGACCAUCAAAUUGUUUUCUGUUUUCUCCGUGACUCUCUCAAUCAUCUUAAUUUCUUCAAUUUUCUUCCAUUUCUCCGCCGCGUUGGGUGGCAAAGCUGGUGGUUGGACGCCGUUAAAUGACGUAAAUGCCCCUGAUGUGAUUGCGAUAGGACAAUUCGCGGUGGAUGAGCACAACAAGGAGGCAGGGACAAAAUUGAAAUUUCAAAGUAUCGUGAAGGGAGAAAGUCAAGUCGUUGCCGGUACAAAUUAUCGACUAGUAAUUAAAGCUAAGGAUGGAGGUUAUGUUCGUAAAUAUUUGGUGGUUGUUUGGGACAAACCAUGGGAGAAAUUUAAGAAACUUACUUCCUUCAAACAAAUGUAAGUGUUGGUUAUGAUUCACGAUCUCGAGCAGUGGAUUCAGAAUAAAUGUGGUCUUAUAAUUUAUAUAUAUGUUUUUAUAUUUUUUGUACAUGUACAUAUUGUUCGAGAUAUGUAUUAGUUAUAAAUUCAGCUUUUAAGAACUUAAAUCUUGAGUUAGUUGAUUCAGAAUAAACGUGAUCUUAUAAUAUAUAUGUU